AUGGCGGCAAGAGCGAGAGCGGUGGCCGCCAUGUCCAGCAGCAGCAGCGUCCUCCUGGCUGCGGCGGUGGCACUGGCACUGCUGGUGGCGUCGGCGUCGGCGCAGUCCGGGUGCACCUCUGCGCUGAUCGGCCUGUACCCAUGCAUGAACUACAUCAGCGGCAGCGGCACGGCCCCGACCAAGUCUUGCUGCUCGCAGCUCGCCUCCGUGGUGCAGUCCCAGCUGCAGUGCCUUUGCAGCGCGCUCGGCGGUGACUCGUCGUCGCUCGGUGGCAUCACCAUCAACAAGACCCGCGCGCUCGAGCUCCCCAAUGCCUGCAACGUGCAGACCCCGCCGGCGAGCAAGUGCAACGGCGCUGGUGGUGGCAGUGCUCCUGGUGCCAGUGCCAACACGCCGACCACCCCGGCCGUAGAGACACCGGCCGGCUUGGGAUCGAAGACGACGCCGUCGGCGUAUCUGCAGGGGAGCGGCGGCUCGUCGCUCCAUGGCCCGGCGGGUAUGGUGUUGGCGCUCGCGGUCGCUGCGGUGUACGCCGUGUCGGCCGUGCGAGCGUCUCGGCUACUGGACUGGAGCGCUUGCUUGCCGGUGAUUCAGAAAUAUGUUUUUUUUUAUUUGUGAUGGAGUUUACCUUGUUGUCUAGGUAUUCAUCAUGUUUAUUUCGUCGCAUUAGUUUCGUUCAUGCAUUCAGUUCAAGCUGUGGCAGGUUGUGUACGUCAAGUUGUGAUCACGUACACGGUGCAAAGCUGGACGAUAGAGUGAGUUAGUUAGUUGAGAGAAAGUCAGUAGAGAAUGAAUGCAUGCGUGGGCGUUCCAUCAGGUUAGUUACGCGUAUUUCCGUUGCAUGGACGUGCUGUAUAGCCAAUAGUGGCUUUGGACCGAGUAAUUAGUAGAUAAGCGUGACUCCGGCUGAAUCGUGUGGCCGUGUCAAAGAGGUGUUUACUCGUGGCCAUGCUACCGGCUAGUGGAGAGAAAAUAGCGGAUCAAGCAGUACGUAGCAGGGAGUAGUAUGUAUGUGUCUCUAUUGAAGGACUUUGUAAUCAGCCGCGUGUGUGUGGAAAAAGAACAAGAGAAAAGGCAGAAGUGCGUUGCCAGAAAAGUUUGUGUGUUCUUGUGUCCAGUGUGUGUUCGUGUGAGUCUUCUUCCUCCUCCGGUUGAUCCAACAAUUUGAACACAGAAAUAUGUUUGUUGUGUGGUACUAUUUUUGUUUGAUAUUGGUUUAUCAUUGGGUACUGGGGAGUACUGAGGUCCUGAGGAAGAAUAUUCCCCAUGAUGUAAUUAUUGGUUG